ACCUGAAACAACCCAUCAUUCUUCUUCUUUUCCUCUAAAUUUCAAACCAAAAAAAAACCCACCUAUAUUUUCAAUCAUACAAAGAGAAAAAAAAAACCACCAACCAGUUACUCCAAUCAAAACCGCUCUCUUCUUUUCUCUGCAACAAUUUCAUUGAUCUCUGCAACAACUUCAGACCUAAUCAUGGAACACUGAACUAUAGUGCCCUAAUAAAGGUACAUUGAAAACGAUACAUAAAAUAAAUAAAAACAGCCCCACCACACCACUAUUGUUCCUCACAGUAAUAAUUUACGGUGAAAAAGGAAUCCAAAGUAACCAAAAGAACCAACAAAAUUACAAACUCUUAUUUUGUUCUGUUUUCUCUGUUACAUGCAUGUCUUGGUCCUUUUGAUCAUGACCACUCACAAGAGCUUUUCAUGUCUUUUUUCAUCACCAUCUUGAUUCUAUUCUCAGAAACUCACCGAAAUAAACGGGGAAGAAAAAGUUACUAUAAUUAUUUUGAAUUAUUUUGUAUUUCUAACAUAUAUAUAUAUAUAAUAUUCAUUUCAUGAACUUUUGUAACAGUUUGUGAUUAAGCUGCUAUAAUGGAGGAUUCUUCUGGUUCAAAGAGAAUCGGUUUAUCUUUAUUUAAUUCUCCGAAGUUGUUUACGAAUUUUACUUCGAAGGGUUUUCAUGAAACGGAAACAAGUAUGAUGAGUCCUACUUCAAUUCUUGAUAGUAAAACUUUUAAUGGUUUCAGAAAGAAUCGUUUUUGGUCUGAAGCAACUAAUACUAAUAGUGCUGGAAAACAAGAACAGAAACGUUGUUGUUGGGAAAAACAUGAGUCAAAGGUUGUUGUUGGUCUUGGUUUAGUUGAUGUUCUUCUUGAUGAUGAAAAAAACAGUGAAGUGAACUCGAAGGUGGAAAACAGAACGGUUCUGUUUGGAUCUCAGUUGAAGAUUCAGAUUCCGUCUUUUUCUUCUUCGUCUGAAUCAUCAUCUUCGCCUUUAUCUAGGGGCGAUUUCGGAAUCAAGACUAGGAAUUCUUGUUUAGGUUCUUCUUCUGGAAGCUUCUCAGUCUCUCCUGUGGGAAAAUCUUCAUCUGGGUGUGGUGGUGGUAAUUCUGUUGUGGAAAAUGAAAACUUGAACUCUGGUAAUGGAGUUUUCAAAGGGUGUGUUUCUGCAAGUGAAAUGGAGCUUUCGGAGGAUUAUACGCGUGUGAUUUGUCAUGGCCCGAAUCCGAGAACAACUCAUAUAUUUGAUAAUUGUGUAAUUGAGAGUAGUUGUUUUGAUUUUGGAUGUUCUGUUUCUGUUAAAGAGAGUGGGUAUUGUGUUCCUCAUCCUACUAGCUAUUAUCAUCAGUAUGAGAAUUUUCUGAGAUUCUGUUUUUACUGCAAGAAGAAUCUUGAGCAGGGUAAAGACAUCUACAUGUACAGGGGUGAGAUGGCAUUUUGCAGCCAUGAAUGCCGUAGCCAGGGGAUGUCCAUAUUGGAAGCCAAGGAUGCUUAUUAUGAGACAUAAUUCCACCAAAACAAAAACAUUUCAACCUUUGCUUCAAAGGGCUUAGUAAAAAUAACACCCUUUUCAUUUUUAGUUUUCUAGGAUAAGAAAUAGCCCUAAAAAAGUUUCUCAACUCAAUCUUUCUGUGCACAAAAGUUUGUGAGAAACUGUAGAGUUGAUGUAUUUUUGAAAUGAAUUAUUGGAUUUUGAUGUUGGGUUGUUGUCCAUAUUAUUUUUUAUCAUUUCAAUGGUGAUGAUGAUAAUUAUGUAUGACUUAAGCUUACAUUAUUAAUUUUGAUAAAGUAUUCCA